UCCUUCAUCACAUGCCGUCGGCAUUAGAAAGCUUCACUACAAUAGUGAUUGUUGGAGAAUACAGGCGGAUUAUUCUCGCAUUUGCCUCCGUUCCGAAAUUUAUCGCUAUACAAUAUAAAUUAUGGCAGAUACGAAGGUUGAUUCCGCUACAGAAAUCUCCGCAAAGGACCUGAAGGAGAAGAAGCUCCUCGAGGAGAAGGAAAAUGGAAAAGAUGCAACUAAUGGAAAGGAGAACGAGGAGAAUGGAGAGCCAGAAAUUGAUGAAGAGGAUGAGGAUGAAGUAGACGAGGAAGAUGAAGAGGAAGGAGAGGGUGAUGAGGAUGAAGACGAGGAUGAAGAUGAUGAUGAACUGGGUGGAGGAACAAAACGUGCUGCUGAAGAUGACGACGACGAAGAUGAUGAGGAUGACAUCGACCCCAAGAAGCAGAAGACGGAUGAUGACGAUUAAAGGAUUGUUUCGUACUGCUGAGCAGGUGUCGAUGCCUCUGCUUCAAUGCAACUGUUGGAGCCUGUGGCAUAAAGGACUCAAAUACAUAAAACAUGGUCAUUUUCAAGUUCGUCACCCAUGUCAACCAACUGAUCCCCAAAUCAAAAUUUUCUAGAGGACAGACCACAACCCCAGAUUUCCCACAUUCUCAAUGAAAUACAUAAGACAAGGAUUUGUUUGUAUUUUUAUUUACAUUUUAUAUUUUUGUACAUAUUGUGAAGAGAUCAGCCACUUGAUCAUGAUCUCCUGUGACCAGAACGGUGCUUCUUUAUGAAAUUUUACUCGUUUGACCAUGUCUCGAUAUCUCGACAUAAAAGACAACAUGUAUAAAAUCAACAGCCAUUGAACUCGGAGCAUUCCAGUAAAUUUUAUGUAUGAAAUUUAGUUGUACCAUAACUAGUUGUACCAUAAACUAGUUUUUGUAUGGGAGGGCUAGGCCAAAGAAAAGGAGUUUUGGUUUCUUUCUAUUUUGUUUUGUCUACAUUAUUUGUUUUACCUUGGCCUGUUUGUUGUAUGUGUGAAGUUUGUUGUUCAACAAUAAACUUAACUUUUAUUUUGUGAGUUAUA